AUGCGCGACCGGAUGGACCACCGUAGCGCAGCGCAGAAAAUGAAGAGUCCGAAGGUGCGCAACCACGCUCACAAGGUCUUGGUGACCGAGCCCGGUCCCGUCAGCACAGCGUAUCGAUACGUGACGCGGUCGGCAGCGCCGGUCGACACGGCGCAGCUUCCGUGCAUUUUCGACGUGAUGAACGCCGUCCACAACGACUACGACGCGUUCCAGUACCUCAACCUCAACGCGGUCGGACAGCUCUUCCGUGACGCGUGGAACGAGCUGAUCCAAACCGUUGGCUGUACAGGCUACGCGCUCGAGGACGGUGACUCGUCACGCGAGAUGCCCAUCCUUCAGUCGCUCCUCGGGCUCUGCGACAGCGACUCGAACGACCCUCGCGUCACGAUCGUGGCUUUGGCGUUGAUGCGCGUCGCCAAGCGCAUGCACGAAGCGUACGUCAUGCCAUAG